AUGGCGGCGGCGCUCAAUUCGGUCAGCAGUACAGAGAAGAUGAGAGGGAGAGAGAGAGGAAAGGGGAGAGGGGGGUGCGCCUGUCCCUCACCCCAUGUCCCCGGCGCACCGUCGCCCCUCCAAGCCUUGGUGGUCCAGGGAGGAGUAGAUGGCACCAACUUCGAUUCCGGCCUCCGCCCUGAGCUCCGCCGCCUCACGAACUCGAGGCGACGGGCGCCGCCCCCACGAGCUCACUCCGCCUCUCGAGGACCUCCUCUCCUUCGCGGCCCCGAGCGAUGUCUUGAACUCUUCUGUCCCUACACAUGGUCAGCAUCAGCAGAGGGCCAAACGAUGCAACUGCAGGCGCAAACAAUUUUGCUGGUGGUCAAAGCCCUAUUCUAUUGUUGUGAUACUGGUGAGCUUGCACGGUGCAGCAGCCUGGAGAGGCGGCUAACGGCGCACCUGCGAAGCAACAAUAAACACGUCUGA